GUCGGGCGGGGCCAGGCUUGUUUCAGCGACCCUGACAAUGGGCACCAAGGCGCAGACCCACCUAGACUGCGGCCUAGGCGAAAUGGGGUUCUUGCUCUGGCUGCUGCUUCCCGUAAUGCUACCUGGGCCCCGGAGUGUGGAGACCUUGACCGCCGCUGUGGGCGUGGACCGUGGAACAACCGAAUUGCCAACCGUGGCCAGGGCUGCCGUCAGAGACCAACUCAACAGAGGUGGAACCAGGGGUGUCUCUGAAGUGUGUGGGAGGCCCAACGUGAUGGGGAAGAUCUACGGAGGCCAGGACGUGGUAGCUGGCCAGUGGCCGUGGCAGGCCAGUGUGCUGUACCAGGGCUCGCAUCUCUGUGGAGCAGUCCUCAUCGAGUCCCGCUGGCUGCUUUCCACAGCUCACUGCUUUGUCAACAAGUCCCAGGCACUGAAGGACUACUGGGUGGUGCUGGGCAGCACAAAGCUCUUCCAGCCAACCGAGCACACGCAGAAGAUGGCCGUGAGUGGCAUUAUCAUCCACCCAGACUUUGAGAAGCAUCACGCUUUUGGGAGUGACAUAGCCAUGUUGCAACUGUAUCUGCCCGUGAACUUCACUUCUUAUGUGGUCCCUGCCUGCCUCCCAGCCCCCGGCAUGCCGCUGCCCAGUAAUGUGUCCUGUUGGAUCACUGGUUGGGGGAUGCUCACCGAGAACACACCCAUGUCCCUGCCCUUCCAUCUCCAGGAGGGUAAGGUGAACCUCAUGGAGAAUAAGUUGUGUAAUAUGCUAUAUGGUCAAAGAGUUAACAAAGACAACGACCUUGUGUAUGACGAAAUGCUGUGUGCCGGGGACUUCUCGACAGGGAAAGCCAUCUGCCAAGGUGAUUCUGGUGGGCCCCUGGUUUGCAACCUCCCCAGAGCCUGGGUUCUGGUGGGGCUGGCCAGCUGGGGCUUGAGCUGCCAGCACCCCGUCUACCCCAGCAUCUUCACCAGGGUCGCGUACUUCACUGACUGGAUCAACAAGACCCAGAGGCUCACUCCUCUUCCUGACCCCUCAGCUGCUCCUCCACCAUAUAAGCCUCUGCACGCUGCCAGCUCCCCCAGGCCCCAAACUGCCCGCAGGCCUCCACAGCUCUGGUUCCCAAUGCUGUUGGUGUUCAGGGCCCUGAAGUGACCCACAAGUGCACUGCUCCUGCACUCUGCCUCAGGCCCUCGUGUCCUCACCAGAAUGUUCCACACCUCCCCUCUGCCCAUUCUCAUCAUCUUUCCACGGCCCCUUCUCUGUGGCUUUUCUGUCCAUUAGCUCCAACUGCAAAUAAGCCUGAAAAAAAAACAAAAAAAAAAUUAAAUAAUAACUUGCCUCAUGACAAGUGAGCUGCAUUUUUGUGCUACU